GAAAUUAGCCUACGAGCACAGACAUUCUGAAACCCGGCCCUGCCUCUCUCUUGCCAGUACCUCAGCUCCUCCUCUUGGCCCGCAGGGAGUCAAGAGGGGAGCGUGCUCUCUUUCUCAAUGCCUGUCUCGUCUCUGCAGGUCACUUGGCCCUCAGUCUUCUGAGACAUUCUAUUGUCCUCUCCUGUUCCUUCCUGGGGUCAACUGAAGCUCACCCACCCCUGGUUUUAUUUUCUCUAGGGUACCCAUAGAGACAAUCCACAAUGGAGUCUCCAUCAGGAGCAUAGAAAAGGAGGACAAUUCUUGGUCCUUUCUCUUAUCCCGUCACAAGCGUCCUCACCUCUGCUUGACUAGUCCAGAGCUCAGGAGUACUCUUUGUAAUGCUCCUUGAGUUACUCUGGGAAAACGGGUCUUCUGGGGCUGGCACCAGAGCCCAUUUAACAGCACAGUGUAUGGAGGGACUGCAAAUGCCAGGCUACACGUGCCAAAUCCUUCAUCUGGGUUAUCUUCUUUAAUCUUCCCAACAAUCUCAUAAAAUAGGUAUUAUUGUUAUUAACUCCUGCUAUGUCAAGGAAGCCACUGAAGCACAGAUUAACAAAGAAUUGUUCAAGGUCACAUAGCUAGAAGGUGGCAGAGUCGGGGUUCAGGUGUAGCUUUGCCCUGCUUAAGUUGUUCCCACACUUGGAAUUAUUAACAGGUAGAUUAUCUCAACAACACAUAUCCACAUUUUAAAAUGCUUGAAAACAUAAAUUUAAUGAGUGGAUACCUAUUUUGAUUACCUUAAAUAUACACUAUGUUAAAUGUCUCUUGAUUGAGAGACUCUCUAUGUGGUUUUUAGGGGAAUAGUGGGACUUGAGGCACCCAUCACAGAAACGUCAGAGAUGAAGAAACUGUUGGGAUUUUUCUAGACUGGAGCCAAGGCUAGUGCUUGAAUCUUUCUUUCUCCCAGGGAUUUCACAGAUCAAGUGGAAAGUCAGACACAGCCCAAGUGUUGGAAGCUGGCAGAAGGCAGAUCCCAUGAAAUGGGGCAUACGAUGGGCAUAGAAGAGAUGACAUGGCUCGCUUGCCUUAGCUGCUCCUUCUUCAAAUACAGUAAGAAAGGGACAAAGAGGGUGGAAAAAGAGAAGCUCAGAAUCCCUACAUCAAGAAAAUCAGCAGCAUUGCAAGCAACCCGUGUAACAAAAAGGCAAAUCCAAGCAUCUCCACAGAUCGUCAUACGAUUCAGACGAAGCCCACGCUUCCCGAUUCUACUUCGCGAUGGCGGAAGUGGGACUCUGCAAACCUCCUUUCUGCUUUGCCAGUGGCUCUCCCAUAGGCUCUGCUGGGUGAGAGGUGGGACUUCCUGUUUGCUUCUGAUCUACUUCCUGUCUCUGUGGGCAUCUCCAUGUCAACGCCUGUUUCUCUCGCGGUGGCAGAGGCUUUGUGUAGCUGCUCUAGCUUACAGUACGGACACUGGCCGACUGCCUUACUCUGUGCUGAGAGACGUCAGCCCUGGUUUAUCACUGCCUCCUUCUAGGGGCUCCGAGUUUUGGCUUCAUGGGACCCCUCUACCCAAAUUUUAAAUGUAAUAAUUUCCAAUUUCUCCAGCCUAGGGAUGGUAGCUACUGCCAACAGUUGCUCCUCCUCUAAUAAUUUAGGGUUGCCACCACCCCGCUCUGCUUACUUACUUUCUAUCUAGUUAAAUUCUUUAUAUUAAAUUUUCUGUGUUCAGAUAUUUGGCCAGGAAUGAUACAUUAUUGGAGGGGUGGUUGGGUGUGCAGUGGGGAGAGGCAAACUGUGUCAACAGCCUUGAAACAAGCAUUUUCCACACUGCAUUGUUGAAACCACCCUUUGGGACUCUCCUUUAAGAUCAACAACCCGUAACGCUAGCCAGUCUUUAGACUAUUGAGAACCCUGCACCCAGAGGUGUUAGUGAGAGUGAACUGUGCUCUGGAGCCCUGUGAAUAUUUUUACAACGUAAGGUAAUGACAGGCAAGUGGAUUUUUUAUUUUCAGCUGUUUUCUUUGGAGGUAGAACUCAGGUUUUCAAUUGUUUGUCUUUCUAUUAAGGUGAAAUAACAAAAUCAGAAAAACAAAAAAAACCUCCUUGAAGAGUAUCCUUAGUGACUCACUCCUAAAAUGUAACAUGAGGGAACAUGAGGAGUGACACUUGGGCUCUCAGAUGAAAGGAGGCAGGGACAUACCUGUGUCUUGCCGUGAUUCUUUGUUGAAGGGGAAGCCUUUUCAGUUCUCGUAGGAACAUUGACAGAUGACUGUGAGUAGUUGCGUGGCAGAAGAGGAUAGGGCUACAGUGGGCUGUCCUGGUUGAAAUACCUGCUGGCCUUCUCGGAUUUUGUCAGCAAUUUUUUUCCCAUCCUUCUCACUUCCCUGAAUGACUCACACUUGAGAAUACGCUCCUGGAUGCUUUAUCUGAGUUUGCUCUGCUAUCUGCGAGCAGCGAGCCAAAGGUGAAUGAUAGAGCCACCAGCUGCCCUGUACUUUGCAGAAAUCGAAGAGGAGUUUCUUGAAUGUUUUGUGACUAUCAGAAAAUAUAAUUUGGCGGGUGAGAAGAAGAUUAGGAGAUAGGCUUCACAUUUGCUUCAAUGGAACCCAACUGUCUUCACUUGGAAGCAGACUGACACCCUGGUAAGAGAUCGUCUUAAAGCAGGAAAGAAGCAAUUAAAGGAUUCCGUCCUCCUCCUCCUUCUCUGUGCCCAAACGCCACAGCAAUCCCAUUCCAUGAAGAUGACUCAGUGGAGGAAACUCUGCCGGCAGUGUCACCUUUGGGUCCUGGGGUGCUAUCUGCUGCUGGCCAUUGUCUCCCUGAGACUUUCUCUCAGAUGGAAAUGUGACUUUGAGCACCUGUACCUGGACUCCAGGCGACUUCAGAGCCAGUACUGUAGGGACAUCUUGUACAAGUCCCUGAAGCUGCCGGCAAAGAGCUCCAUCAACUGCUCGGGGGUCACCCGAGGAGACCAGGAGGCGGUGAUCCAGGCUGUUAUCAAUAAUCUAGAGAUCAAGAAGAAACGGGAACCUCUCACAGCUGCUCACUACCUCGACCUGACCAGAAACUGUGAGCGCUUUAAGGCUGAGAGGAAGUUCAUAGUGUUCCCCCUAAGCAAAGAAGAGUUAGAGUUCCCAAUUGCCUACUCUAUGGUGGUUCAUGAGAAGAUUGAGAACUUUGAAAGGCUGUUGCGAGCCGUGUAUGCUCCUCAGAACAUAUACUGUGUCCACGUGGAUGCGAAGUCCUCAGAAAGUUUCAAAGAAGCAGUUAAGGCCAUUACUUCAUGCUUCCCCAACGUCUUCAUAGCCAGUAAAUUGGUUUCUGUGGUUUAUGCCUCCUGGUUAAGGGUGCAGGCUGACCUGAACUGCAUGGAAGACUUGCUGCAGAGCCCGGUGCCAUGGAAAUACUUCCUGAAUACAUGUGGGACGGACUUCCCUAUAAAAACCAAUGCCGAGAUGGUCCGGGCCCUCAAGCUGUUGAAUGGGAAGAACAGUAUGGAGACAGAGGUACCCACGGAGGCCAAAAGAUACCGCUGGAAAUAUCACUAUGAGUUGAAAGACACAUUGUAUAUAACCAACAGGAAGAAAGACCCUCCCCCUUAUAAUCUAACUAUGUUCACGGGAAAUGCCUAUUUCGUGGCGUCUAGAGAAUUCAUCCAGCAUGUCUUAACGAACCCCAAAUCCCAAGAACUGAUUGAGUGGGCAAAAGACACCUAUAGCCCCGAUGAGCAUCUCUGGGCUACCCUUCAGCGCGCGCCAUGGAUGCCUGGCUUUGCUCCCUGCCACCGCAAGUUUGACAUCUCAGAUAUGACCGCCAUUGCCAGGCUUGUCAAGUGGGCGGACCAUGAGGGAGAUGUCACUGCGGGUGCACCUUAUGCACCUUGCUCUGGGAUCCACCAGCGGGCCGUCUGUAUCUAUGGGACUGGAGACCUGCAUUGGAUACUUCAGAACCAUCACCUGUUGGCCAACAAGUUCGACCCCAAAGUGGAUGACAAUGUCCUUCAGUGCUUAGAAGAGUACCUACGUUACAAGGCCAUCUAUGAGACUGAACUCUGAGACACACUGUGAAAACGUUGCCCCCAGUGAGGUGGGAACAUAUGCAAAUGUGCCAGCACUUGCUGGAACCAUGUGGGGUGGAGAGCAGGACUUUGGAAUCCAUGCCAUUCCCCCAGGACACAGGGGCUACUGCUGGGGUGCGGAUGAAUGGAUUUGCUGCCUUGCAAAGUGAUACCUGGGUGACUGCUGAACUCUUGCCCUUAUACACAGUAGUUCCUUCACUGACUUCCUCACAGAGUAAGUAGCACUGUUAAUUGGGAGAGGAAGGGAAUGGACAUGUGACAAGGGACCCUGGAUUGUGAUUGAAUUCUUGAUGUCAGGUUUUGAACUCUGCGGGGAUGCUGUUCCUAACAAUGUAAGACUUGGUAGUGGGAAGCGGACUUGGAUGGAAUGAACGUCUUCCUUUUUGUACUGGUAACUUAAAUGCCUUUUGAUCCAAAGCCUUACCACUACUUUUUGUCUAAUAGGGCAGAAAUAAUAUAAAUAUGAGCAGAUAAAUGUGUGAGACUCUUUCUUUCUUUUAUUUUUAUUUUUUUGACAGGCAGAGUUAGUGAGAGAGAGAGACGGAGAGAAAGGUCUUCUUUCCGUUGGUUCACCCCUCCAAAUGGCUGCUACGGCCGGAGCGCUGCGCCGAUCCGAAGCCAGGAGCCAGGUGCUUCUCCUGGUCUCCCAUGUGGCUGCAGGGCCCAAGCACUUGGGCCAUCCUCCACUGCCUUCCCAGGCCACAGCAGAGAGCUGGCCUGGAAGAGGAGCAACCGGGACAGAACCGGCGCCCCAACUGGAACUAGAACAUGGGUUGCCGGCGCUGCACGCAGAGGAUUAGCCUAGUGAGCUGCAGAGCCAGCUAGACUCUUUCUGAUGAUCACUGGAGACAUUUAAAAUCUCUAGUGGCAGAACAAGAGAAUCUCCGUUAUUUUCAAAUGGUCCUGGCAAGCUGUAUGAGCAGAAACUCCACAAGUGUAUAGAGGAGCAGAGUUGCUGUUUGAUUAUUGAAAGUCCUUGUCCUCAUUUGGUUUUCAUCACCAGAUUCAUGACUUUUCUGUAAGGGUGAUUUAACCAGGUUGACCACCCAUAUCCUUAGGGGAAAAUUACAGCACUAAUUUUUCCAGCUUCAUUGCCAAAGUUUAAUGUUCCGUAACAGAGAUAAUAGCCAUUUAGAUAAGGUCCCAGAUAGUUUAUUAUCCAAACUGGCACACAUGUUGGUUGGGGGAGGGGCUGAACUAUUAAUAAUUUGGUUAGGAAGCAAAAAUAAACUAGGACCCUUUGACACAACCAGGAUAUUUGAUUGUUUCAUUGUUUAGCCUUCUUGAACUAAAAUUCUUCAACAUGUGAGUGAAAGGGUUGAUCUCCAAGUUUGUAGAUUAUACAUUUUCUUUUGGGGAGGCAAUGUGUAAAUACAUAGUAAAUGUAUUUAAUGUGUAAAUACAUAAUAAUGUGUAAUUUAUUAUGUAAUAAAUGCACAAUAAUGUGUAAAUGUGUAAUUAUGUAAUAAAUAUAAAUAAAUUAUGUAAUAAAAAUAAAUUAUGUAAUAAAUACAUAAUAAUGUGUAAAUGUGUAAAUACAUAGAUGUAUGCACCUGUGUAUGUAUAUAUGAUAUGUGGAUAUAUGUGUUUGUACACACAGACACAUAUGCCCUACUUCCCAAAUGUUACCCAGUGAAAUAGUUCCCCUUCUGAAGUUCCAGAGAUGGUUGUUGGCUUUUAGUCACACUCUUCAGUAAUGACAAGAGAGGCUGUGAAAACAUAGGCAAGUGUUCUUUGAGUGCAGUGGUGUCUUCUACAUACACUAUGCUCUGGAUGAGUGAUUGAUGUGCAAGUUCAUUUACGUGACUUGAAUGCUAUUCCUGUGGACAGCCCAUCAUGUUGUUAAUGUAUUUCCUCAUACCUGGUUGUGAUUCAAUUGUUUUAUCACCAGCAAAUGACUCUGCAUUCCAUGGAACUAACACAGUUAUAACUGUAUCUGAUAUGAUGAAUUUUCUGCUUGUAAGUUAGUCAUUCCUUUUUGUAAGGUUUUAUUCCUUCAGUAAUGUACAUUGCCAGUACCAACUUAGCUGUAUUGGCAUACUGAGUCUGGUGCGCUUUGCCCCCAGCCCCACUGUGGUGAUGACUGAUGGAUAGUCAUGCUUGGUGGAUGUGCCCUGUAUGAUCUGUGGAUAGGUGGGUGGUCACGGAACUCCCACCCUAUCCUCUGUGACUUUGGUUAGCUCUCCUCUGCUGGGACUGGGAGGAAGCAAGAAAGUGUCUAGGAGUACACAUGUUCUGGGAAAGGAACCCAGCACUUUGACCUGAUGGUCAAUUUGUAAAAGUUCUCAUGUGAAAUAAAUUAUAAUUGUUCAUGUAAAAGAAUUAAAAAGAUUAAAAUGUAAACCUUUAUUUGGGGCACAAGUGGUUGGAGUUUUCCAGACAUUGAAAUUUUCUCUAGAAAUAUAUUCAGGUGAAUAAGAAGUUCUCUUGACUUAACACAAGGUCUUAAUUUCAGAAAUUAAAUUUCUUCCUCAUUUGCUUAAUAUAUUUUUAGAAAUCAUGUAAUUAAACCACCAUAACUGUUGAUUUUUCCUUCCUUCUGAGCCAUAUCUGUUUCUAUAACUUUUCUCUAGAAAGGAAACAUCUUAGAAAUUAAUUAAGCAACUGUUUAUAUUGCCUCUCAGGAUUUGAAUUUCCUCUUUAUUUUUGAUCUGUGGACUAUUGGUAAGCAUUGCCUUAAUAAUAUUUUUGUUGAAUAUUUUGCUCAUUGUCAUACUUUUUUGGCUGAGUGGAUUUUUUUAAGAGGAAUAAAAGGUACUCGAUAACUUUGGGAAAUUUUGGAAGCAGGAUUUAGUUGGAAGUCAAAUAUUUUUACAAAAAGAAAAUAAUUCAAUAUCUGCCUUAAUAUUUAAUAAUAAUUAAAUACCUGGAUUGACCUGAGAAUGUUACCUUUUCAUUUAGUGGAUCAUUUAUUAUAGAGAUACAUAAGAUAGGUUUUUCACUUUUAUGAACUUUGUUGUCUUGACAAGCAGUGAAAUAACUCACUCAUGUCUUAAGUAUUAAUUGAGCUCUUAUUU